AAAUGAGACAUAUGUCGUGCUUGAGAAAAGGGACCUCUUGUCGUUAUGGAGUUAUAACAUGGAGCCGACAACAGGUCCCUUUUCUAAAAUGCUUGGAUUUACGUAAAGCGCUUCAAAGAGAGGCUUCUCCUGAAUUCUGUUGACAUUUGUUGGAACUAGGACGAGCGGGAGCUAAAGGUAGAACGUUUUCUGGUCCUAGAAAACAUUGCCCUUCAACAGAAACCUGCCAGCUGUUGCGUUGUGAUUUAAUCAAGUUGGAGUCUUUCUCAGCUAGUUGAAUAUUCUAGAUGUAUUAUAAGCAACUGUUAAUAGGAUUUGUUUAGUGUUUCUUUUAAAAUAAUAACUAUAAUUAAUAAAUUAUAGUAGUUAGUAUUAUUAGUAAACUAUACGUGUUUUUACAUUCAGUACAAUUACUUACAAUACGGUUGGCAGCCAUUAACAGCUGACAAACAAAGUGGUCAUAAUAAGCUAAAUCAAAGCUUCCCUGUUGUUGUUGUGCUAGUUGUUCGUAAACAUUUAUCAGCGAAAUGGAUGAAGAUAAAGUUUUGAAUGUUUUAAAUAGUUUAAGUUUUGGUAACAAUCAAAAUAUUAGUGAUGAGGACUACAGUGUUUACGCGGAUUAUUUCUCUGAAAGGCCUUUAAGCAGUGACGAAUCAAGUAGUGAAGAUGAAGAGGAACCGAUAGGCCUACCCGAACAAGACACUUCAGUUAAUAUUGCUGACAUUUCUUUGCUCAAUGAUAUUCCAAAAGUUGAUGAAAUACAAGAUAUGCUGGUGGCAGAUGCAGGUAAUAAUGUUGAUGUUAUUAAUAUUGAAAAUGUUAUCAUUGAAAUAGAGGCUAAUAAUCAACAAGUGCUAGACGAAAACGAUGGUGGCCAUAACCUUGUAAUGGUGGAUGUUGCUGCCAAUUUAGUAGACACUUUUGACGCGGUGAACGAUCGCAACAUAGUUCAGAAUUUUAAAGGAACUAGUUGUGGUUGUAAGGGAAAUUGUUCUGGUAUGUUUUCUGCUGAAGAAUUUGUAGAAAUGCGAUACGAAUGUGCUGAGCUAGACCAUUACCACGGCCAUGUAAAUAAAUUAGACCAAGUCAUAUUAGGCCAACUUCGUAGCCUAACGAAUGAUACAACACUAACCUCAAGAUCUCACCGGAAAAACACUGAAAGAAAAAAUUCUCGAACAACGUUCUAUCUCAAAGGUAGGCCAGUUUGCAAAAACACAUACAUGUUUGCUCAUAAUAUUAAAAUAAAAAGGUUAAAACGCCUAACCAAGAUGUACAACACUUCAGGAUUGAUUGCCACAGCACACGGAAACACAGGGAAAGUUAAAAAAAAUGUUACAUCAUUUAAAGACACUGAGUUUGUGGUAAAGUUCCUGCAGAACUAUGCUGAACAGCAUGCCAUUAUUCUUCCCGGAAGAAGCAAGACAGUUUACAACACCAGCUUAAAACUGCUUCCUUCAAGUGAUUCUAAAGUUAAGAUUUAUGACAAGUAUAGAGCUUCAUUCACUGAUGAAAUGCAAGAAAAGCCUGUGCAUCAAAAAAUCUUUACUAACAUUUGGAGAGAUAUUUGUCCUGAUAUUGUAGUUAUGAAGCCGAGGUCUGAUCUAUGUGCUAUAUGCCAAAAACAUUAUACAUCUGGGGCAGAAAUGGCUUCAGUUUCUGAAGAGAUCAAAAUGCAAACCUUGGAAAAAAUGACACUACACUUGGAAACUGUUGCUAAAGAAAGAAAGCACUAUAAUGACACAAUUAAAAAAACUAGAGAGAAUUUAGAAAAUGGUGACACAUCUACAGUGCACUACAGCUUUGAUAUGGCACAACAAGUGCACAUACCAAGCAAUCCAAUGCAGCCUGGCCCCAUAUACUUCUUAGUGCCGUUCAAAGUAGGCAUUUUUGGGGUGAUGUGCGAAACGAAAAAUCAACAGAUAAACUAUCUCAUUCCUGAAAGUGUCAGUACGACGAAAGGUUCUAAUCUCAUAGUUAGCCUAUUUGACCACUAUUUGGAAAGCAACAGUUCUGGAGAAGACGUGAUGUAUAUCCACGCUGAUAAUUGUGUAGGCCAAAACAAAAACAAUAUUUUGAUGGGUUACUUAGCAUGGAGGAUUUGCGAACACAAAAAUAAGAAAAUUGUGUUGUCUUUCAUGCCAGUAGGUCACACCAAAUUCGCAUGUGAUUGGGCAUUUGGUCUAUUGAAAAAGAAGUUUAGAGUAACUAAUGUGUCAUCUCUGUCCGACUUAGUUGAUUGUAUUGAAAAAUCAACACCAUCUAAACGUGUAAACUCAGCAGUUAUGGUUGGAAACGAAAAAGGUGAAGUAGCUCUAAAAACCUAUGACUGGUUACGUUUCUUUCAAAACCAUAGUGCCAAAAAGAUCGCUCACAUUACGCAAUACAACCAUUUUGAGUUUAGUGUUGAAUACAAAGGCAAAGUACACUGCAAAACUGAGCUAGAUGGGAACGAGUUUGUGCAUCAGAUAUUCGCUUUACAAGAUGGACCACAUGGCUUCCCAGAUGAAAUCAUCCCAGAAGGAAUGACACGGCAACGCAGGGAAUACUUACAUAAAAACAUCAGGCAGUAUUGUAAAGAGGAGUUCAAGGAUACGUUAUGUCCUCCAGUAGAACCUGAGCAAGCUACAGAAGCAAUGGCAGCAGCAGAUCCUGAGCCUGACAAUCCUGCUGCAGUCCUAGGACCUUCAAAGAAGCGCCGCAAGCGUUCAGUCUAACCACUACAAUAAACAAAAUUUGGAGACAUUUGAAAAAUACAAAUAUACCAAUCAAAAGACAAUAGUAUAAGCUUUAAUUUUAUAUAAAAUUUAUUUCUUAAAUAUGAUAAAUAAAUAUUUUAUACCUCUUUGAAUUGUUUAAAUGUGUUUUUCUCAAAAAUCCUUAUUUUAUUUUUUAAAAUUCAAACCAUGAUAACUCGGUCAAAUAAACUCGUAUCAAUAUGAUUUUUGCACCGAAUUGUUAGAAAUUAAUUGCUUAUAAUAAAAAUAUAAAACACUCAAAAUAAAAAAUUUGAGACAAGAGGUCCCUUUUUGCUUUCCGCCUCACAUAUUAUG